GGCGCCGGGCGGAUGCUGGUGGGGAAGGAGAAGGAGCGCGGAGCCAGCGAGGCGGCGGCGGCACAAAAUGGCGGCGGCAGCGGCAGGCGGCGGCCCCGCGGGCCCUCAGGCGGCCGGCGCGGCCCCCGCCCCGGCACCGGCCCCCGGCGCGGUGCUCAUCGGCGACCGGCUGUACUCGGGCGUGCUGAUCACGCUGGAGAACUGCCUGCUGCCCGAGCACACGCUGCGCUUCACGCCGUCCAUGAGCAGCGGCCUGGACCCCGACACCGAGACCGAGCUGCGCGUUACCGGCUGCGAGCUCAUCCAGGCGGCCGGGAUCCUGCUGCGGCUGCCGCAGGUGGCUAUGGCUACAGGACAGGUGUUAUUCCAGCGUUUCUUUUAUACCAAGUCUUUUGUGAAGCAUUCCAUGGAGCACGUUUCCAUGGCCUGUGUCCACCUGGCAUCCAAAAUUGAGGAAGCCCCCAGACGCAUUCGGGACGUGAUCAAUGUGUUCCAUCGCCUCCGACACCUGAGGGAGAAAAAAAAACCUGUGCCUCUAAUACUGGAUCAAGAAUAUGUGAACUUGAAGAAUCAAAUAAUUAAGGCAGAAAGAAGAGUGUUGAAGGAGUUGGGAUUUUGUGUUCACGUGAAGCACCCUCAUAAGAUAAUCGUUAUGUACCUUCAGGUAUUAGAAUGUGAACGUAACCAACACCUGGUCCAGACCUCAUGGAACUACAUGAACGACAGCCUGAGAACAGAUGUCUUUGUGAGGUUCCAGCCAGAAAGCAUUGCCUGUGCCUGCAUUUACCUGGCAGCCAGGACACUGGAGAUCCCACUUCCAAAUCGCCCACAUUGGUUUUUGCUGUUUGGAGCAACAGAGGAAGAAAUUCAAGAAAUCUGCUUAAAAAUCUUGCAGCUCUACACAAGGAAAAAGGUGGAUUUAUCUGAUCUGGAAAGUAAAAUAGAAAAGAAGAAGUUGGCUAUUGAAGAGGCAAAAGCACAAGCUAAAGGUCUGGUACCUGAGGGAGUUCCAAGCUUGGAUAACACUUCGGGAUUUUCCCCUAUCCCAAAAAAUGAGUCUCCAAAAGAGGUUAAAGGAAAUAAACCUUCACCCCUACCUGUGCAGGCCAUGAAGAAUGCUAAGAGGAAAGCAGAGGGAGCCAAGAGACCCAGCUCCAACAGCCCAGUAAAUGGGGUCCAGAAAGGAAGAGAGAGCAGGAGUCGGAGUGGGAGCAGAGAUCAGAGUUACUCGAGGUCACCAUCGAGGUCUGCGUCCCCUAAGCACAGGAAGAGCGAGAGCUACUCGACGUCCAGCGGCUCCAAGUCGCAGAGCCGCUCGCGGAGCCGCAGCGACUCGCCCCCGAGGCAGCUCAACCACAGCUCUGCCUACAAGGGCUCCAAGGCGCGCGCCUACAAGAAGUCCAAGGACUACAAACAGCCGGCGGCGCCCAAGGCGCGCAGGUCGCGCUCGCGCAGCUCGUCCCGCUCGCGCAGCCGCUCCCGCGAGCGCCCCGAGCGCUCGGGCAAGUACAAGAAGAAGAGCCACUACUACCGCAACCACCGGCACGAGCGCGCCCGCUCCUACGAGCGCGCCGGGCACCGCUACGACAGGGACAGGGACAGGGAGCACGCCGGGCACAGCCGGCACCGCCGGUGAGCAACGGGGCUCCUGUGGGGCUGCUCCCGAGGGGAUUCCUGGUGGGGUGAUUCCCGAGGGGAUUCCUGGUGGGGUGAUUCCCGAGGGGAUUCCUGAUGGGACUGCUCCCCGAGGGGAUUCCUGAUGGGACUGCUCCUGAGGGGAUUCCUGCUGGGGUGAUUCCCCAGGGGAUUCCUGCUGGGGUGAUUCCCCAGGGGAUUCCUGCUGGGGCUGCUCUGGGGGCUCCUGAUGGGGCUGCUUCCCAUGGCGAUUCCUGCUGGGGCUGCUCUGGAGGGGUUCCUGCUGGGGCUGCUCCAGGGGGAGCCUUUCCUGGGCUGAUUCCUGGGGGGGCUCCUGCUGGUGAGCCCUGGGGCUGCUCUGGUGGGAGCCCUUCCUGGGCUGAUCCCUGGGGGGAUUCCUGCUGGGGCUGCUCCCCAAGGGGAUUCCUGCUGGUGAGCCCUGCUGGGGCUGUUUCCCAAGAGAAUUCCUGUUGGUGAGGCCUCCCUGGGCUGCUCCCAGGGGAUUCCUGCUGGGGCUGCUUCCCAAGAGAAUUCCUGUUGGUGAGCCCUGCGCUGCCCCUGGGAGGAUUCCUGCUGGUGUGAGCCCUGCCUGGGCUGCUCCCGGGGGGAUUCCUGCCCAGGGCUGCUUCCCAAAGGAAUUCCUGCUGGUGAGCCCAUCAGGUUCCUUCCUGGUCAGCCAGGGCUGCUUCCUGGAAUUCCCAGAGGGAAUCCCCUCCGGUGAGCUGGGGUGCUUCCUGAGGGAAUUCUCUCUGGCACAGAGCUGGGGGCUGCUUCCCCAGGGAUUGCCAUCAGCAGCUGGGCACAGUUGGUGAGAUGAGGCUGCUUCCCUCGGGAAUUCCCUCUGGCACCAUGGGUGAACCAGGGCUGCUUCCCCAAGGAUUUCCAUCAGCAGCUGGGCACAGUUGGUGAGAUGGGGCUGCUUCCCUCGGGAAUUCCCUCUGGCACCACUAUGAACCAGGGCUGCUUCCCUCGGGAAUUCCCUCUGGCACCACGGGUGAACCAGGGCUGCUUCCCUGUGCCAGCAGAGCCCCCUCCCCGUGGCUGUGCAGGGUUCACGUGGCUGAGCUUGUGCCCAUCCCUGAACCCAAAGGAGAGGCUGGCAGGGUGGCAGUGACGCCAGGAGUGCCCUGUGCUGUCCCUGUCCCUCCCAUGGAGCUCCUGUCCCACCCCUCAGGAUCCCCUGUGUUUGGGAUCACAGCCCAUCCCGUGGGCCAUCCUUGGAGUGCUGUGCCCAGCAGUUUUCCCCGUGGAGCUGGAAAGCUCCUGAGCCCCCAGGAGUGUUUGGUGCUAACAAUGCCCUCUGUUCAUGCUGGCUCGGUGGUGUUGUGCAGGUGGGAGGUGACUUUUUUUAGACCUGUUGCCUAUAUUAGGUUCUCUGUGUAUAUAUAUUUUGCAGUGUUACAGUACAGAAUGGGAAAAUGGCCUUCCUAGCCUUUACACUUUACCCACAAUGUAAAUAAGCAUUUGUUUAAUACAGGUGAAGAUAUAUACAGAAAAUUCAAAACUUGAAUUCUAUCAAAAAGAAAAAAAAAAGACUUGUGUAGAAAAUUCUGAUAAAUGUGAAAGUAUUUAGCUCUGUGCAUUGAGAGUAGUAUAUUUUUAUCUGUGCAAUGCUGUGUGCAGGCCACCAGCUCAGAAGACAUUUCCUAUAUAUCCCUUUGAAGUGGUUGAAAAUUCUUUACUCAGGAUCUUUGACACUCUGAAGAAUUCGUAGAUUGUCAGUCUGCAUGCUUGAUGAACAGAGCAUUUAAAAAGCAAUUAGCAGAGCCCACAGCCCAGUAGUAUCAGUUCUAGUGGUAUAUCUGAGCUGUUACUCUCAUGCUCCCUAAUUUCAUUAAAGUAUUUGAUUUUCUAUUA